AUGAUGAGCAAGUCGAUCAAGUUUAAGCCAUGCGUCUUCCUAGCGCUUCUGCUUGGCAUGUUCCGGUACUUGACGGCAACCACUGCGACGGGCUUCGACUACGGCGAGGCCCUUGACAAGAGCUUGCUGUUUCUUGAGGCACAAAGAUCAGGUAAACUUCCUACAAAUGAUAAGCUAGUCGCGUGGCGGGGCGACUCGGGACUCAAAGAUGGGUAUUCGCAGGGGGUGGACAUGGUUGGAGGAUAUUAUGAUGCAGGAGAUCAUGUGAAAUUUGGGCUGCCAAUGGCUUACAGUGUGACAAUGCUUUCAUGGGGAGCUAUACAGUUCAGGAAAGAAAUUACAGAGCUAAACCAAAUGGGACGCAUGUUAUGGGCCAUUAGAUGGGGUACUGAUUACUUCAUGAAAGCACAUCCACAGCCUAAUGUUCUAUGGGCACAGGUGGGCGAUGGGAACUCUGAUCACUAUUGUUGGGAGCGUGCUGAAGACAUGACAACUCCAAGAGAUGCUUACAAGAUUGAUGCAAAUCAUCCUGGUUCAGAUGUUGCAGGUGAAACUGCAGCUGCCUUGGCUUCAGCUGCCAUAGCUUUCAAGUCUUAUAACUCUUCUUACUCCAAUCUCCUCUUAGUUCACGCCAAGCAGCUUUUCUCGUUUGCGGACAAGUUCAGAAGCUUGUACGAUGACUCUAUCCCGUCUGCUAAGCAAUUCUACACAUCAUCUGGUUAUUCGGAUGAGUUAUUGUGGGCAGCUGCCUGGCUGUUUCAAGCUACCAAUGAUGAGUACUACCUGAAAUAUGUAGUGGACAAUGCUGUGUACUUUGGUGGAACUGGAUGGGCAGUCAAGGAAUUCUCUUGGGAUAAUAAAUAUGCUGGUGUGCAAAUUCUUCUUUCAAAGGUACUGUUGGAGGGAAAAGGCGGUGCAUACACUAACAUAUUAAAGCAAUACCAGGCCAAGGCGAACUACUUUGCCUGUGCUUGUCUACAAAAAAAUGAUGGCUACAAUGUCUACAAAACUCCUGGGGGAUUAGUAUACGUACGUGAAUGGAAUAACAUGCAGUAUGUCUCAUCCGCUGCAUUUCUUCUUGCUGUCUACUCUGAUUAUCUCUCUGCAGCAAACGCCAAGCUCACCUGUCCUGGUGGCCAACUGGUUCAACCCCAGGAGCUCCUCAAUUUUGCCAAGUCACAGGCUGACUACAUUCUUGGCAAAAAUCCCAAGUCGAUGAGUUACUUAGUUGGUUAUGGACCAAAAUAUCCGACUCAUGUUCACCACAGAGGUGCUUCAAUUGCCUCCAUAUAUGUUCUCCAUUCAGCGGUUCAAUGCGUGCAAGGUUUUGAGACAUGGUACCAUCGCUCUGAGAGUGACCCCAAUGUUAUAUACGGAGGCCUAGUGGGUGGUCCUGAUAAGAAUGAUGACUUCUCCGAUGACCGCUCCUGUUAUGAAGAAACCGAGCCUACACUUUCGGGCACUGCUCCUCUCGUUGGCCUCUUCUCUAAGCUUCAGGGUGCAAAUGGUAUUUCGGGCCGUUCAUACCGCACAAAACCACCGGUGCCCGGCCAUCAAACAACACCAAGUACAUAUGAUCCCCGCAAAACAUCAACUCCCGAAACAAAAUCAUCUGCUGCUCCUAUUGAAUUCCUUCACUCCAUAACCAGCACAUGGAGUACUGCACAAGAAACGACUCAUUACAGGCACAAGGUGAUAAUAAAAAAUACAUCUUGGAAGCCAAUUACAGAUCUGAAGCUAGCGAUUGAAGAACUCUCUGGUCCUCUCUGGGGCCUCUCUCCAACUAAUAAAAAGAACAUCUACGAGCUUCCUCAGUGGCAAAAGGUCUUAAACCCUGGCUCACAGUGCGUUUUUGUUUACAUUCAAGGAGGUCCUCAAGCUAAGGUCUCAGUUCUAAGCUGGAAGUAA